AUGAAUGAAAACGCUAACACUCCCUCCGGAACAACUUCUCCCCACGUCGAGCCUUUAGACAUCAACAUCGACGCUGAUACAAUUGCCAAGUUCAUACUAUUUAGUCACGAGUUUCCGAGCGGUGAUGUUAAAGAUUUAUUACGCAGGCUCCAUAGAUAUGCCAAGUUACCUCGAUAUUCUCAGCUUGCUCGCUUCUUGCACGAGUGCGCUUCGAUCCUGAAACAAGAAGUCCAAAAGCUGCCACGGCCACUGCGUGACCAAGUUCCGUCAUUCCACGAUGUCGUUACUCUGGCUUCUCACUGGGAAAAGCUCAAAGCUAGCUCUCUGUGUGGUACUUGGGAGGGUGCUUUCCUCUGCAUCUAUGAGAUUGCGAUGCUCAUUGGACAUCAUGAAGCAAAUAACAUUCCAUACUCCUACGGAACAGGAGAGAACAUCUCAGCAACUUGUUUGGCAGGCAUCAGCGUCGGCCUCUUUCCAGCCGCAGCAGUAGCUGUAUCGACUUCUCUCGUAGACCUUGUCUAUUAUGGAGUGGAGAGCGUUCGGAUGGCUUUUGCCUUUUGUGUUCAUGUGGGCCGUAUUUCGCAGCUCCUUGAACCAACGGAUCGAGUUCCAGCUGAAGUAGUUCAGGUGGAAUUGGAUCGCUUCAACGGCCAACAAGAGAUUAACGAUAUUGAAAUGAGGACAGUACCUCUGACUAAGGUCAGCAUCAGUCAUGUUGAUCAAGCCUCGGUUGGUGUCACCGGCCCUCCGACUCGUCUCGAGAAGCUCUUCUCCCAGUCUGAGAUGCUUGGCUCAUCUCGUCACUCACCGCUGCCAAUUUCUGGUGGUCUUUGCCAUGUAUCCAAUGUAUACGACCUCGACGAUGUCCGUUCUAUCCUUGAGAUAGCGAAAGUCUGGGAGAGAUGGGGCUCCCGCUCUGUUCAGCUACCACUGCUCUCCCCUUACACAGGAGGCCCAUUUAUGGCAUCAGAUGCAUAUCAUUUGAUAGAAGCCAUCUGCACCGAAGCUCUAACCAAGCCGUUGUAUUUUGACAAGCUCGCCGACGGUGUGGUUGCGCAGCUUUCGCAUAAUCCGGGACUGCCCAUGUCGUCAUGCGAAAUUCUCCAUUACAGGACGUCACUCAUUUCGGACACAAUCAUAUCUGAUAUCACAGAUAAACUGCCAUCUGUGAAUGUUCAGCAGGACGAUGUGGUGGAUUGGGUCAUGCAAGAUGAAUACGCAUUUGAUCAGCCUCACGGCAUCCCAAGCUCCCCGCAAAACUCCAAGCUGGCCAUUGUUGUGAAUGGUGUUGAUACUCACACCAUUGUUCCCCCGGAUAGAUUCGAUGUCGAAGCGCAUUUUGAUCCCACUGAUGAGAUGGAAAACAGCAUUGGGACAAAAUUUGGAAACUUCAUAGCAAAUCCCGGGCAUUUUGAUGCUGGAUUCUUCAACAUGUCCCCACGUGAGGCUGAACAAACAGACCCGAUGCAACGUCUAGCACUUGUCACGGCAUAUGAAGCGCUAGAGAUGUCCGGCUUCGUGCCGAAUCGGACACCCUCGUCUCAUGUGUCACGAGUAGGAACCUACUACGGUCAGGCUAGCGAUGACUAUCGUGAGGUAAAUGCAAGCCAGAAGAUUGGAACCUACGGGAUUCCUGGUACAGAACGAGGUUUCGGAAAUGGUCGCAUCAAUUAUUUCUUCAAAUUCCAGGGACCUAGUUUCAACAUCGAUACUGCAUGCUCUAGUGGCUUAGCUGCUGUUCAUGCGGCUUGCUCAGCACUGUGGGCUGGUGAUGCUGAUACGGCUAUCGCCGGAGGUCUCAAUGUUAUUACGAAUCCAGAUAUUUAUUGCAUGCUGAACAAGGGGCAUUUCUUGUCUAAGACAGGCCAGUGCAAAGUGUGGGAUGCCGCAGCUGAUGGAUACUGCCGUGGGGACGGAGUCGGCUCAGUGGUCAUCAAACGGCUCGACGAUGCCCUUGCGGAUAACGACAACAUAUUGGCAACUAUCGUAGCUGGUGCUACAAAUCAUUCGGCAGAGAGCAUUUCUAUCACUCAGCCACACGCCGGUGCUCAAAAAGACAAUUAUCGUCAAGUAUUAGACAGUGCGGGCGUCAAUCCUCUGGACGUCAAUUAUGUCGAGCUGCACGGUACGGGAACCCAAGUCGGGGACGCGGUGGAAUCAGAAUCAGUGCUCGACUUCUUCGCACCUUCAGGUCGUCGUCGAAACUCCGAACAGCGUCUGAAUCUUGGCGCAGUUAAAUGUAAUAUUGGCCAUGGUGAAGCUGCUGCAGGAAUUGCCUCGUUGAUAAAGGUUCUGUUGAUGUAUCAGCACAACACAAUUCCGCGUCAUGUUGGCAUCAAAACAACCAUGAACCCAGUGGUGGUUCAGCAUUUGGCUAACCGAAAUGCCGGUAUCUUGUUAGAAAACAGUCCCUGGCUCCCAAAGUCCAAUGGCACAAAACGUUACUCUGUUGUAAACAGCUUCGGUGCUCAUGGUGGAAACACAACGCUAUUGCUCGAGGAUGCACCAUUGCCAAGUAUCCAAGGAGACAACCAUGACUCUUUAUCCGAAGCGCAAGCUUGUCAAGUGGUUUGCAUCUCAGCUAAAAGCAAAGCUUCGCUUCGAGGUAACAUCAGCGCUUUGCUCCGCCAUCUUGAUGCCAAUAAAGAGACAAAACUGAAGGACCUCUCCUAUACAACAUGUGCUAGGAGAAUACACCAUCACAUCCGUAUCGCUGCAUCAGUUGCUAGCACUACUCAGCUUCACAAAUUCUUGGAAGCUGCUGCUGAAAAUGUCGAUGCACAUGCAAAACACGUCUCCACAGCCAAGCAGAGAGCUGUUGUGUUUGCCUUCUCUGGGCAAGGAUGCUUUUACCAAGGUGCCGCAGAGAAAUUGUUCCAGCAUGCUCCCUUGUUUCGCGAUCAAGUCCUCCAGUUAGAUCGAGCUGUAUGCCGUUUGGGAUUUCCUUCUGUACUGGCCGUUAUUAUCGGUGAUGCAGCGAAUCUCAUUGAUGUUGGCCAUUCGAAAGACUCGUCUAUGGAGAGCCCACUUGUCGUUCAACUCGCUCUGGUUGUCUUACAGAUUGCCUUGGCGCAGUAUUGGCGACUACUUGGUAUUACACCUGGAGCUGUUAUCGGCCAUAGCUUAGGAGAAUAUGCAGCAUUCGUUACGGCCGGCGUCUUGUCUGUGGCGGACGCCCUGUAUCUGGUAGGCAAGAGAGCCAAACUUACACUGGCCAUUUGCGAGCCUGGUAGCCAUGUCAUGCUGUCUGUCCGCGGUGCCUCGACUGACCGCAUCGCCGAACUGUGCCGAGAGAGUGAGAAGGAGCACAAUUAUGAAGUCUCGUGUAUCAAUGGGGUCACAGACGUCGUCAUCAGCGGCGUACGAGCGGACAUGGUUGCGAUGCGUGAUAUGCUACAAGAUGCUGGUCUCAAAUGUCUUCUGCUAGACAUCCCUUUUGCUUUUCAUUCUGCGCAGCUGGAACCCAUACUAGACUCAUUUGAAUAUGAGGCUAAACGUGUCACAUUCAAAGCCCCUAUGAUUCCGGUUAUCUCUCCACUACUCGGAAGAUGUGUUUCCGAGGGUGAUAUCAUUAACGAGACUUACUUACGGCGUGCCACGCGCGAGCCUGUCAAUUUUGUCACUGCGAUGGAUGCUGCUAAGGCAGAUGGUAUUGUUGACGAUAAAGCUGUUUGGAUUGAUAUAGGACCUCAGCCUGUCUGUACUUCUUUCGCACGCAAUCACUAUGAGAAGGGAUCGACGCAAACUUUAGCAUCACUACGACAAGGCGAUAAUAUGCUUUCUACUUUGACAGGGAGUCUGGCAACGCUGCACUGCUUAGGUCUACCUGUUGCAUGGAAUGAGUAUUUUGCCUCGUAUGAGAAAUCUCUUCGUCUUGUUCACCUCGAGCCAUAUCAAUGGAAUCAGAAGAAUUACUGGCUCCAAUAUGAGGGCACAUGGACACUAGAUAAGGCGCACCCUGGACUCUCAAAACCCGAGAAAAACAAGGAUUUAGGGCCUCCAUCUUUCUUUACAUCGUCCGCUCAACAAAUCAUCUACCAAGAAUUUACCGAGUCUACAGGGCGAGUGACAAUCUUGUCCAACUUGGCUCACCCCGACUUAGUUGGUGCAGCCAAUGGACAUAAAAUAAAUGGACGCAGUGUUGUGACUGGGAGUAUAUGGGCAGAUCUUACCCUCACUGUGGGCGAAUAUUUGUACAAACGCAUGGUGCCUGACGCUGACAAGUUAUACAUGGAUGUGAGAAAUAUGGAGGUGGCGGAGGGAGUCUUGGACAUAUCAAACAGGCAAACUCAAAUAAGCUUGUAUACAGCAAAUCCUGAUGGUACUCACAAGUCUGACAAGGCAUUCGCCACAGCAACAGUCGUCUACGAAGAUGCCCAAACCUGGCAAUCUGAGUGGCAGAUAGCUUCACAUCUCGUUGUGGCGCGCGCCAAUUCACUGUGGAAGGCGGCGGCAGGUGAAGAUCUUUCAACCAACAGCAGAGUGAGUAGACUCUCCCAGAACGCCGUGUACCAACUUUUCGCAAACGUGGUAGACUACGGCGAGCGAUAUCGCGGCAUGCAGCGAGUAGCACUGGCCGAAGACACUCAGGAGGCGACUGCAGACAUCACGUUGGAUAUCGACCAUCACGGCACCUGGCAUACACCUCCUCACUGGAUUGACAGUACUGGAGAAAACACUGGAUCCUCUCGCGACUUUUUUUACAUCACACCGGGAUGGAAUCAUUUCCGGCUAGCUGAGAAGCUUGAGCCAGGCCCGAGUGUCAGUUAUCGCAAUUACGUCCGCAUGUUCCCUGUUGAGGGAGAGCCUGGUGCCUUUGCAGGUGACAUAUAUCUGCUACGUGACGAGAAGAUUGUGGGCGUGUGUGCAGGCCUCAAGUUCAAGCGAGUUCCGCGUGCUUUGAUGCCCAUCAUGUUCCCCUCUCGCCAGACAGGGAAGAAUCGCAACCAUGGUCCUAUUCCCGCUCAUACUAACAAGAUCACUGCUUCCCAUGUGCCUGAAAAGGUGAAGCCACCAGUUGAACCAAUUGCACCGACACCACCACCGGCCCAGCAGAAGCAGAAGCAGACAGAUGGCGAACAAAACCCUCAGGUAGCCGCCUGUCUUGAGCUCAUUGCGGAUGAAACGGGACUGGAGUUGGAGGAUUUGGCUGGUGAGGCCGCUUUUGCUGAGUUGGGCGUGGAUUCUUUGAUGUCGCUCGCGCUGUCUGGCAAGUUACGAACAGAGCUAGGCAUUGAGGUCCAAGCAUCUAUUUUCAUUGAAUGCGCUACUGUUCAAGAGUUGAUCAACUGGCUGAGUAAGUGA